UGUUGGCCACACCUUCUUGGACACUAGAUUUUAUGACACAAGCCAAAUUUCUUCCACUAGUGAAAUGUGCUAAACAAAUCAAUCCGGGAAUGAUGGGAGUUAUGAUGUCUUCCGCGCAGGAAAUAGCGUCAGGUGCGCCAUUCAAGUUCUGCGAUAAAAGCAAGGAACCGACAUGGCCACUUGUCGACUGUAUCUCAACGCAUGCCUUGAAGAUUUUCAAAAAGUCUCCAAAGCUGUGGAAGUGUCUUUCAAGCAUUGGAAUUGAUGGCCAGGCAUUGAAGAGUGAUUGUGACAAAUGCGAAGCAACCAAAAAGUGGAGUGAUGAUGGUUGCCCAGAAAAUGUAGUAUUUGCCGACUGCGUUGAGUUUGCGGAGCGUUCUAAAACGCUUAUAGCAAAUAGAUUUGCAAAUAUGGAAUCGUUUGACAUGGGUAAGAUUAAGAAGAUCCUCGAUGAUAUGAAAUGUGAAAAUCAA